AUGGCUCACACCCAGCCAUCACCCACGGGAGGCGUCACGCCUCACCAUGGUCAUAUCGCAGCCCAUCCACAGGUCAACGGACACAUUCAGUUGCAGUCUCAAGGCCAAAAGGGUCAUCCCCUUAACACCGCCCAAAAGAUUGCUGCGCUGAACGAGCAGGUUUGGCUUCAGAUCGGGAGCUUGACUGAGCUGAUGGGCGAUCUUGAUGGCGCAAUGAAUGCUUAUGAGCAGGCCUUGCGCCACAACCAAUGGUCUAUCCCUGGCAUGAACGCGGUAUCUUGUAUCUUGCGGACAAAGGAACAGUUCCCGAAGGCCAUUGAAUAUCUUCAGAAUAUUUUGAAACUGGACCCAACCAGCGGCGAAACUUGGGGCAGUUUGGGUCAUUGUCAUCUUAUGAUGGAUAACCUGCAAGAAGCCUACACUUCCUACCAGCAGGCGCUUUAUCAUCUGCGCGACCCCAAGGAACCCAAGCUUUGGUACGGAAUUGGUAUCUUGUACGAUCGCUACGGAUCUCUCGAUCACGCCGAAGAGGCAUUCUCCCAGGUCAUGCGAAUGGCGCCCGACUUCGAGAAGGCCAACGAAAUUUAUUUCCGCCUGGGAAUCAUCUAUAAGCAGCAGCAGAAAUUCAACCAGAGUUUGGAGUGCUUCAAAUACAUCGUCACGGACCCCCCUCGCCCGUUGACGGAAGAAGAUAUCUGGUUCCAGAUUGGCCAUGUCCACGAGCAGCAGAAGGAUUUCGAAGCUGCCCAGCAGGCUUACAGGAGGGUGUUGGAUCGCGACCCCAACCACGCAAAGGUUUUGCAGCAGCUUGGAUGGCUGUAUCACCAGCAGAGUACUAGUUACGCGAGCCAGGAGAAGGCUAUUGAGUAUCUUGAGAAAUCUGUCAGCGCAGAUAACAGUGAUGCGCAGAGUUGGUAUCUACUUGGUCGUUGCUACAUGUCUCAAGCCAAGUAUCCCAAAGCCUACGAGGCUUAUCAGCAGGCGGUCUACCGCGACGGAAGAAACCCAACGUUCUGGUGCUCGAUCGGUGUGCUCUAUUACCAGAUCAAUCAAUACCGUGACGCGUUGGAUGCCUACUCUCGUGCUAUUCGCCUGAAUCCCUACAUUUCGGAGGUCUGGUACGAUCUGGGUACUCUGUAUGAGUCUUGCAACAACCAAAUCGCGGAUGCCCUCGAUGCCUACGGUCGCGCAGCUGAUCUUGACCCCGCCAACGUUCAUAUCAAAGCCCGAUUGCAACUUCUCCAGAGCCAGCUUUCGGGCACCAACCAGAACAACGCUCCUGCUCCUCAGCCCCAAGAUGUUCAUCCACAAGCCUACCAAGCCCCAGGCGUUGCCGGACCCCCGGCGCCCCAGUGGGCCGCGCCCACGCCGACUGGAGGACCCCCUCCUCAGCCUCCAGCGCCCCCCAGGCAGAUCGCUGACUGGAAUCGCGGCAUCAACGAGCUUCAGUCGCAGGCCCAGGUGCAAAGCGCCAAUGGAUUCGAUCACCGCGACGCGCUUAGAGCCCCAGGAGCCAUCCAGCAACCUAGCCCCCGCCAGGAGCCAGGAAGGAUGUUCCCAGACGUUAUCCGUGCACCGGCACCGACUCGCUCUCCCAAGACUACCAUGGCUGGCGGCCCUACCGUUUACACGCCCGCCCACGCCCUCCCGCAACUUGCCAACCCUCCGGCUCCUUCUCACGAGCGUGCUCCUAGUGGUGCCGUGCCUUUCGCCUCUGCUUCUCGCGGCCCGUUGCCUCCCGCUCCCGCGCCUCCGGCUGGACCAGGUGCUCCCAAUGGUGCUCCUACUCCUGGUGGGCCUUUGCCUCCCUACCAUCGCCCUUUCACUCCUCCGGCUGAAAUCAGGCCCAUCCGGGAUGAACGUCCAUCCUCUCCGGGAUCUACCUACCCUCAUCAACAGUAUCACCACGGCCCUAGCGUCCCGGUGCAAACCCCCGGCAGCACCGGCAUCGCUGGUGGCGCGCCCCCACCUCCGUCGGCUAUCACUGCCGCUGAAGCGGCUGCCCGCGAUCGUGAGGAUCGUCCCGCUUCGGCCAUGAAACGCGGUCGCGAAUGGGAAACCGAGGCGGGCCCUGUCAAGAAGAUCGCCAACGAGGAGACCCGCGCUCGUCUUGAUGAGCAGGUCACUCGUCGCGUGACUCCCCCAAACCGCAUGCCCUCUCCCGGCGAGAUGCAGCGUCGUAGCUCCUCAGAGAUCCGCCGUGAAGACCAACGCCGUAUCAACGAGAACUACCAUCCGUCAGAAGCGGCUCACCAUCCUCCCACGCUGCCUUCUAUUCAGCAUAUGCCUCCACACCCGUCCGGUGGACCCAGCCUUCCUCCGAUGGCUGAAAACUCUGCUCCUGCGUCGAACGGACCCCCGUCCGGACCGCCGUCUGCGCAGCUUCCAAUCAAGGAGGAACCCACUCGCGGUGAACAGGCCCCUGCUCACGAGCCUGCUGCACGGAAAAUGGACGUGGACGAGAAUUAUGAUGAUGACGAAGAUGAUAAGCGGGCGAACACCGUUGCAAAGGGCAGCCCUGGAAGUGGGUCGGGCAGCGUCAACAACAGCACCAGUGGGGGUCUGAGCGGAGGCGCCCCGGUCAAGAUGAGUCACCGGAAGUACGAAGCGCCUCGGCACGGCUCGCUUGCUUUCCUUCCCCGGAAGCGCGCCACGAGACACAGAGGAAAGGUCAAGAGCUUCCCCAAGGAUGACCCCAAGAAGCCCGUCCACCUGACGGCCUCCAUGGGCUACAAGGCCGGUAUGACCACCAUCGUCCGUGACCUUGACCGACCCGGUGCCAAGAUGCACAAGAAGGAGGUCGUUGAGGCUGCCACCGUUGUCGAGACUCCUCCUCUUGUGGCUGUCGGUGUUGUCGGCUACAUCGAGACUCCCCGCGGUCUCCGCUCGCUCACCACCGUCUGGGCUGAGCACCUGAGUGACGAGGUCAAGCGUCGCUUCUACAAGAACUGGUACAAGAGCAAGAAGAAGGCUUUCACUAAGUACGCCAAGAAGCACGCCGACGAGUCCGGCUCCGCCAUCACCCGCGAGCUUGAGCGCAUCCAGAAGUACUGCACCGUCGUCCGUGUACUUGCUCACACCCAGGUCCGCAAGACCCCUCUCAAGCAGAAGAAGGCCCACCUUAUGGAGAUCCAAGUCAACGGUGGCUCCAUCCCCGAGAAGGUUGAGUUCGCUCGCAACCUGUUCGAGAAGCCCAUUGAGAUCGACAGCAUCUUCGAGAAGGACGAGAUGAUCGAUGUCAUCGCCGUCACCAAGGGUCACGGUUUCCAGGGUGUCACCAGCCGUUGGGGCACCAAGAAGCUUCCCCGUAAGACUCACAAGGGUCUGCGUAAGGUCGCCUGUAUCGGUGCCUGGCACCCUAACCACGUCCAGUGGACUGUUGCCCGUGCCGGUCAGAUGGGUUACCACCACCGUACCUCUUGCAACCACAAGGUCUUCCGUGUUGGCAAGGGUACCGAUGAGGGCAAUGCCGCCACCGAGUUCGAUAUCUCCAAGAAGCAGAUCACCCCCAUGGGUGGUUUCGUCCACUACGGUGAGGUCAAGAACGACUUCCUGCUGCUCAAGGGUUCCAUCCCUGGUGUUAAGAAGCGUGUCAUGACUCUGCGUAAGACUCUGUACCCCCAGACCAACCGCAAGGCCACCGAGAAGGUCGAGCUCAAAUGGAUCGACACCUCGUCCAAGUUCGGUCACGGUGCUUUCCAGACCCCCGAGGAGAAGCGUGCUUUCAUGGGUACCCUCAAGAAGGACCUCGUUACCUCUGCCUAA